AAACAAGGUUAGCCCGUAACUGCGUGACAGUUCGACCAAACCUACCGAGAGAGCGCCGCGAUACCGCAGCAUGACGAUUUGACGCGCGAACACGCGUUACCCGAUAAAAAACCCAUUUCAAAACAAACAAUUAAAAAAUAAGAAAUAAAUGCACUGUAAAAUACCCAUUAAAAAUAUAGGUCAGAAGUAAACUGUGCUAAGUGAUAGUUAAGUUUGUUUUUUAUUUGUUGUUAUUGUUUUUUUUUUCUUUGAACUGCAUCUGUGAAAAUGGGUUUGAAGACCGAAGAUGACAAAAGGCCCAGCAAACUGGCGAUUAUGGAUGACAUAGAUGACAAUUUACCACGCGGGCUGGGCACGCGUCACUGGGUGACGUUCAUGCUGUUCCUGGGGAUGGCGAACGCGUAUAUAAUGCGGACGAACAUGUCCGUCGCGAUCGUCGCGAUGGUGAACCACACCGCGCUGCCAGUCCACAAGGAGGCCAUAGACACCGAGUGCGGCAACGUUGAUCCUAAUGCCACUUCUGUGGCGUCAUCACAAGACGGCUCGUUCGUGUGGAGUUCCACACUACAAGGCUACAUCCUGUCAUCUUUCUUCUACGGAUACGUCAUCACGCAAAUUCCGUUCGGGAUUCUAUCCAAAAGGUAUGGCGCUCGUCUGUUCUUGGGAGUGGGCAUGUUGAUCAACUCGGUGUUCGGUCUGCUGGUGCCAGUAGCGGCCGAGGCUGGCUACGGCUGGCUCAUCGUCGUACGGUUCAUCCAGGGUUUGGGAGAGGGUCCCAUUGUGCCAUGCUCUCACGCGAUGUUGGCUAAAUGGAUUCCGCCGAAUGAGAGGAGUCGGAUGGGCGCAGCUGUAUAUGCUGGCGCCCAGUUCGGAACAGUAAUCUCGAUGCCCCUCUCCGGUCUGCUUUCGGCGUACGGCUUCGCGGGCGGCUGGCCAUCCAUCUUCUACGUGUUCGGUCUCAUCGGCACGGUGUGGUGCCUGGCCUUCCUGUUCUUCGUGUCCGAGGAUCCUGAGAACUGCCCCAGCAUCAAGGAGGCGGAGAAGAAGUAUAUCCUCAGCUCGCUGUGGGGCGCUGCUGGUUCUAGCUCGCCGCCCAUCCCUUGGACCAAGAUCCUGAUGUCGAUGCCGUUCUGGGCUAUAAUGUUGGCGCACAUGGGCCAGAACUACGGCUACGAGACCCUCAUGACAGAGUUGCCAACCUUCAUGCGACAAGUGCUGCAUUUCUCCAUCAAAGAUAAUGGAUUCGUAUCGGCUCUCCCGUACCUCUGCAUGUGGCUGUUCUCAAUGUUUAUCUCCGUAGUGGCGGACUGGAUGCUGUCCAGCGGGCGCUUCAACCACACGCAAGUUCGGAAGAUCAUCAACAGUAUUGGUGAAUACGGUCCAGCGAUAGGGUUGUUCAUCGCGGCACACACGGGCUGCAACCCCGCCGCGACUGUCGCAGUGCUCGCCAUCGGCGUCGGCUUCAACGGCGGCAUAUACUCCGGGUUCAAGGUGAAUCACUUGGACAUCUCACCACGGUUCGCCGGCAUCCUGAUGGCAUUCACCAACUGCCUCGCCAACCUUACCGGUCUUCUGGCGCCCAUUGUUGCCGGCUACAUCAUCGAGGGCAGGCCCACACAAGCCCAAUGGAGGAUAGUGUUCUACAUCGCAGCGUGCAUAUACAUUUUCUGCGCUACAUUCUACAACAUCUUCGGCUCGGGUCGGAGGCAGGAGUGGGACAACCCUGCCGAAGACGAGGCGCUGGCGAAAAAGGCGGCGGCCAAGAAAGCGACCAAGUCGGAGAAGAAAGCUGGCAACCCGAACACAGCGGAAACCGCACAAUAGCACGUUUAAAAUACGCUCGGCACACACAACUGGCAACACUUUGAUCGAGAGUGGCAAUCCUUAUUUGCAGCGAGAUUUUGUUGCAACUUUUAACCCUUAAUUGCAACUAGCAACAUGAAAUUGUAACAGGCAAACUAAGUUGUUAAAAAUUAUGAAAAAUCCCCGGAUAACAUGUGGUUAUUGUCUUAAAGAAUUCAAAUCUUUUAUUACCUAAGGGGGAAAGAUUGAAAAAAAGAGAGGAAACUAUUUAUAGCAUUAGCAACUGUAAUGAGGCCCCCAAGCCGAAGUGACCUCAAUAGUAAAUGGCAAACCACCCAAAAUUAAAAAAAAAACAAAAUUCGCUCCUAAGAAAGCACCUACCUUCAAUAUGAGUUUUCUAGUUAGUACAAAUUUAUUGAACGCAUUAGUAAAAAAUACUUUUGUUAUUUAUGUUAACCAUUUUUUGUAUGAUUAAGGUUGUGUCUGCUUUGAGCGAAAGAUUACGAUAAUGAAUUCCAAGUUUUGAACAUUGUAUGUGAAACUUUAGUGUGCACUUGUUGUAGAUAUUCUUUUGAAGAUGCUGGUUGUUCCUAUUUUUUGUGUAACAAAGUAAAAUAAAAAUGAUAUGAUUAUGGUCGAAGACCGGCCCCCUGUAACAUUGAUUGUAUUGAGAUCUUUGCAACUGUUGUUUUUGAUUCAGAUUGUUGCAUUGAUAAUAAAUUGUAAAAUGGUGGUGCAAGGAGCGCAAAUAAGCGUGCAAAUUAAAUUUGCAAGGACCUUAAACCAAACUCUUCGGUUAAGAAUUUUAUUUUUAUCUAUCAGUAUUUUUAAUUUCAAAACAUAAAAGACGCACAUCAAUAAGGCUGUGAUAGAAUCUUGUGUUAAGCCUCAUUUACAUGAGAGUUUCCCGAAAAAAAAUCGUACGAUCAAAAUAAAAAGAAAAAUAACUAAAAAAGUUAAAUUAGCUACAUAUCUACAUUGAAUAGAGACGAAAGUCGUAGAUCAAUGGCAUUGUUUGCUUCAAUAUAAAUUAUUUGAACAUAGAAAUAAUUUAAUAUUCAAUUUGGUUUUCGCCUAGAAUAAAGAGAACGAACUUCUUAAUAGAUUAAAAAUAAAAAUUAACCCCUACCCAUGUAAAUGAGGCUUAAUGCAACUUGGAAUUCAUUAUCGUGUCAUUAUAUUUUAAACAUGCUAUUUAUUUAUUAAAUAUAUUAUAAUUAUAUUAAGUACCAUACAAGUAUUGUUCAUAAUUUUAUAGUUUGAGAAGAGAAUAAUAGAGACGCGUGAAAGGUGUUAAAUGACGAUGGGUCCAAGAUUUUUUAUUAUCUAAAAAAACGUUACCGUCCUAGCCAGUGACUUCACAAAACCUCGCAUUCGAACAUAGAUAGUAAAUUUUGAUUAAAAUAAACAUUACUUUUGACUUGUUAAUCCAAUUUCAAAUUUGCAGUACUCGAAUAAAAAAUGUAGCAAAUCGAAUAAAUGACCGUAUAAAAAAAUUGUAGAUUAGACUAAAAUCAUUUUACAAAAUAAUUGGUGUAAUUUUUUACUAUUUAAUCGACUUUUUAGAUUUGAAUAAUUCCAUUUGUUUGUCAAUAAUUGCCAAAUGGUACCUAUGAGUGAAUUUAUUAUUAGUCCCUCCCGUAUCGCUAUAAGCGAAAGUUGCUGCGUUAGGCUGGGUCCAUGUUUGUAUCAUUAUGGUUUAUCAUGGUACAUACCGAGUAUCAUGAUCACUAGUUUGGAUGCAUUUGGUGUAUUUUUGCGUCCUAACUCCAAACUAACGACUAUGAUACAAGUCAAUACGAUACGCUAAAAUGAUACAAAUGGACCCAACUUUAGUAGGCAGUAAAAAUAUGAUAUAAUUUAUAUUUUAUGCAUUAAGUUUUUAAUUUGUACACGUGACGUCAAACGACGGUGUGCGCCCAGAGCUAAUGUGAUCAUUCUGUUAUUAAUUGUAAGUAAUCUUAAGCCGUUUUAUACAAACAUUACAUACAAAUUAAAGUUAUAAAUAAUAAAAUAACACAGUAAUUAUGAAAACUAAAAAAACUUGAGAAAGUUCUGAAAUUUUAAAUAGCAAACACAUUUUCUAGCAAAAAAAAAAAUGUCUGUCCUAUAAAAUUAUAAUUAUUAAGAACCGAUAUUCCAGCUUGUAUGAUAUAACAACUUUUAAACAUCAACUUCAACUUUUGCUUCUUUUGAGUAGUAGUAAAUUAAUAAAAAAUAAGAAAGAAAGUAAAUUAUUACUUAAAUAAUUUUAUUUAAACCUGUCUCAUUUAGAGUUGACUAGCAUUUAAUUGAAUAAAAUAAUUAGAAUAACCUGCUUCAGAACGAGGCCCCUAGUGAAGGGAGGCCUUGAUAAUUGAUAUUUUGCCCGUCUUGCCACGCUAUGAAUACUUCACUGGUAAAGGGAUUCUUAUUUCAGCAGUAGGUACUUUAAAACAUUACUGAAACACUUGAUUAAUAUAAUAAAUAAAUUCCGUAAAUCUUGUAGUAUUAUUUGAUAUAAUACUUAAUUUGUAUGUAAUGUUAUUUUAUUAAAUAAAUAGAAGCUACAAAAUAAAGAAGUAUUGAUAUUUUAUUAUUAAACGAAUUAUUGCAUGUGGCAAUCUCCUAAAACGACAGCUACCACCAUACAUUGAUGAGGUAUAAAAUAUAUGCCCAUAAAUAUUAAAUGCAUUUGUAUACUCUACUUAUAAAGUUUUAGAGAAAUACAGUGAAGUUUUUAAUUUA